AUGGGCGGCUUAAUACCAUUUCUGCUUCCAUCCGCAGGCAGUCGGUCAAGCAGCACCUCUACCCCCACGGAAACAAGACGAAGGUCGUGUCUGGCCCAGUCAACAACACCUUCAUCUUCAGCCCUCAGUCAUCGUCGGCAACACUCGUUACCUUCAGUCAAGCAGCCAAGACGUGCGUCUUUUGUCGCACCAGCAGCCCUUGCCUUCAUCCCAUACACUCACUCAGAAUGGAAGAGGGCCAUCGAUGAAGUGAAACGCAAGUACCACGCCCGGAGGUAUCGGUCAUGCUCGACGAGAUGCUGCGAGAUAUUGGACAGCAUCAAUGACGUUUCGACCGUCGAGCCCCUGCAUCUCAUCUAUCUUCACUUCUACGCCGCCUCCUCAUUCGAGUGGUGUGCACGACCACUAUCCACAUCCUCCAACUACCGCACCAAACUUCUCCGCGACGCCACGACACAUUACCUUGAAGCAGAUGCUCUCAUUAACGCAACCGAGGAGAACAUGGCCGGCCGGAGCAGGUCGCCGUUCUCGGGCUCGACAUGCAGCAUGAACUCCCCAGGACUGACGGCCAGCUCCAGAACUUCGCUCUCGAGUGCCAUGUCCUCACCGAGGACAAGUCUGUUCUCGCUCGAUGACGACGUUACCACAAAGCCCAGCUUGAAACGAGCCGUCAAGCCGAAGAAGAAGGUCUCAUUUUCUGGCCUUCCCGAGUUCAUCGAGUUCGAAGCCGAGCCGUACAUUCGCCCGGACAGCCCCACGCUGGGCUUGGAGGGCGAGUUCUUCAUGCGAAGCCCCAUUAGCCCGGUGUCGUCAGUCGCCGAAAUCGAGUCCAAGGCGCCAGCACGAGUACCACUGGAAGAAGUCUCGGAACUCGAGCCCGAAGAAACAGUAUCUGAGGUCUCAAGCCCAGCGACCGAGCAAAGCGAGGAACCCGACGUGGAAGACAGGAGUCCCACAGACUACAUCUUCGACCUGGAAGUCUUCCUGCAGACGCGGUCGAUAAACCGCAUCCGCGCCCAGCUCUCGGCGCUGCGGUCGCAGGUCGCAUGGCACCGCGACGCCGUGGACGCCCUCCUAGCCAUCCCCGACGACACGCCCGCGACGCCCAGCCUGCCCUCCUCCGACGACACGCCCAUCCCCGUCCCCGUUCCCGCCGCCGCCUCUACGCCGGCCCCGUCAUCAUCAAAGCUGGCCCGCUCCAACACGCUGCCUCUCAGUCUGCGCUCGCCCAGAACGGACCCCGCGACUACCAGUACCACAAAUCUCGCGGAGAAGAACCUGGCUGGCUACUGCGGCGCCCGGAGCACAAUCCCUUACAACGGCAGGCCCGCGUCGGUCAUGUCGAUGGAGUCGACGACGUCGACGAUCCGCGCGGGCGGCGACGAGGACCUCCAGCAGCGCAUCGAGCGGCUGCGCGCCGGCGGCUGGCAGCGGAAGCGCUUUGAUAGCCGGCGGUACGAGGCGCUGCGGGAGCAGGUUCUUGGGGAACUGAGAUGA